UUUAACCAUUCUAUCAGUUUCAUCUGGCUCAGUUGACUUUUCCUCAAGCUCAGAUUAUUUAAAAGGGCUUUUUAAAAACUUUUGGGGAGCAAAAUAAAGCUAUAAAACUCGUCAAAGAUUAAUUUUUUAAUUCAAACAAUAAAGACUAUAUGGAUAACAUAUAAAUCUGUUUUGCAAAAAUACGUACAUUUCUAUCAGACUGGGAAAUUCAAUUUUCACUUGUUGAAGAGGCAUGUCACGAUCGUGAAAGCAGACAGCGGUCGGUACAAAUGGUCGCAGUUAGACAAUUUUGGGUGUCAGAUGUUUGAAUUUGUAUCGAAAUUCUGAAACUGCAACACUUGGAAAGCUUUGUGUGCCCCUUUAACUAGACUUUUCCAACUACUUAUGGGCAUAGGUGACUAAAUAGUGGCAUUAAAUACCCUGUUUUAACAAAUUUUAAGCGCGUUUUCGAUACUAUCAAAUCUGGCUGAGAUUUAGUAUAUUUUGGAUAAGUCAGCCUAAAAUGAAGUCCUUCUGGUAAUGAACAAUAAUCUACCAACAAUCAACUAAGGUAAAAUCACUCACCUGCCACUCAAAAUAACUUUCCCUUUUAUUGAAUUGUUUACCAAUAACUCCACGUGUUGAUCGACUAUUGAACGCUUUAUUUCCUAUAAAGGACACAUCCUUGUUCGUUUAUUCGAUUAACAUUAAAGAAAGCACAACAGCGGCGUAGCAACAACACAAUCACGCAGAGAGGCUCUAUUGUGUUGGUCGUGUGUGAAAUAUAGGUUGCGCAUUCUCUGCCAAUAUUUCAGUUAGCAUAAACUUUGACACUGAUACCACUGACGGGUCUAGACGGAAUCAAAAUAUCAUGGCUUAUUGUGGGAAUACGCAAACAUUUUACGAAAGAUAGGAAUAUUCAGGGAUAUAGCCUAUAUCAUUAGCUAGAUAUUUACCGGGCAGAUCAUGAAGAACAUUCGUAGACCUUGUACAGCUCCUUCUCGAGCAUGUUUCUCUGUUAUUCCUAGGUGGCCGCUGGAUGAGCUGCCCAUGAGCCAAAGCCUCAGUCAUAUACAGGGUCAGAUGGCAGAAAAACGAAGAGAAAGAUACGAUGACAACCAGACCGUGAAAAAGGCUCACGAAAUGAGUGAAACUCUGAGGUCGUACGGAAAAGAAAUGUUCAACUAUGCAGUGGAAAAAGCAGCAACAGAAGGCUCCAAUGUGGAUUUACGAAUCUCUGGUAAGAAAUCACCUCACUCGGGACCUACAAAGACUGGAAGUCCUAUUUAUAACAAAAAACCUGAACUCAUGAACGCAAUUAGAACACGACCGAAAUCCGAAUCAAUUCAUUCAACUUACAACCACCAGCGGUCCAAAACUCAGCCAAGUUUACAACAAUAUAUCAGUAAACAUAACAAGGAAUACAACCUUGUCGGCAAGCCGGGAGAAGACUUUGAUCUAAAGGACACGAAAUUUGUGCCGAUUAAUUUGGGGUUGCCGGAUUCUCAAUCGCCCCCGGAACUCCCCCAGUUUGACGAUGCUGGAUCGGACAAUGAGGCAUCGACAAUCGCCGAUGAGCUUAUGCCGGAAUUAGAAAAACUCGUGGAAAGUGAAAAAGACAUUGAUGAGCCUCCUCCGACGCUCGAUGAAAAUGAAAACGAAAAGAAAGUUAUAAAGACUUCAAAAAUAGAUCAGAGUAAAAACACCCCGACUGAGCAGGUCAAACCAAAAUUGAAAAAACAAGAGAGCGUUUCCAAAGAAGACACUGAACAAAAAGAAAAGAAAGGCAAAAAAACACCAACUGGCAAAAAGUCUUCCAGUGAUAACAAUCGGCCAAGCAGUCAGGCCAAAUCUCCCGUAAAAGGGUCUAGAGCCAAAUCAACAAGGCCGUCAUCGAAACUCAGCAAACAGUCCACACAGGACACGGAGGAAGAGGAGGACGAGGAGGAUGAAGAAGAAGAACCGCGCCCCUAUUUCCACUGUUGGGUGGACGACAUAACAGUCUCUAGCGUACAAGGGGAUUUACCUGGGGACGCUGACGGCGAUUUGCCGGAAAACCCAAUUAAUAAAGACGAAGGUGUAAAAGUUGCUCCAGACAAUCUAGCACAGUUGGAGGAGGCAGCUGGAAAACUGGUUUCAAUGGUGAAUGGGGGAAAUCCUGUCGAAGAAACCCUAGGAAAAGACUUGACGAAAGACGGUGGAGCAACGCCCGGAGCGAAAUGUGAAACGGAACAAACACAAGAACUGCCUGACUAUGUGUGCAGGAUUUCAGAGCGGAAAUCGAAAGAAAUUGCAAUAAAAGAAUGGAUAGAGAGCACGAGCUUUUCUCACGCAAGCAAGUCGAUGCCUCUUGUCUAGUCUCAAAUACCCAUUGACUUUUGUGAAUUGUCAGAUAAGUUAAACAUCAGUAACAUACAUUUGGGUCCUCUUAGCAAAAAUUGGUUCAACGAUUCAUUCCAUUUUACAUAAUCUUAUCAAAAUAUCAAGCGAAAUGAACAUGUUGAAAGGAAGAGCGCUUUCGUUUUGCAAUACAAAUCUUUGUAAUUAAUCAUACUAUGGAUUAAUUUGUUUAAACUUUAGAGUCAGUGGUAGCACCUGAUAAAAAGUCAACAAAAUUGGCCGUGACCCUCUAAAAAUAACGUAACAGGUCACAUUGCCGCGAUUUCGAUUUAGAUAAAGUGAAAAAAGGUCAAAUAGGCAAGACCUUCAGCAGAUGUGUUUAUCAUGCCAACUAUUGCUCUGGUACUGCAUCGUAACUAAUGUUUCCCACGAGUAAUCACUCUCUCAAAUGCAAUAAAUAAA